AUGCCACAAAUUGAAACAUGGGUUUAUGUUCCGAUUUUUUUUUGUCGAUCAUCUCCUGAUCUACUUGUAAACCUCACCAGCCAAAAUCCCUCGUCUUUGUUGGAUGUGUGUGCUGAAAUAGUAGCUGUUGAAUCCUUUGAUGAAUACAUUUCAGAAAACGAGGAUAAGUAUAACGAACCCAUGGUGUUAAUAGGAUUCUACAUCUCAAUAGCAUCGUUAUUUUGUGUUCUUGCCAUGGCGCUUGAUUUGUUGUAUGGUUUUCGAAAUGGAAAAUUUUGGUUUCCUAGUAAGUGUUUUUCUCUGAACGCCGCUUCUAUCACGGUGAUAGCUGUGGCUAUGAAACUGCUUUUAGAUUUGAGUAGUUCAAUGGGACGCGUGAUAGACCAAGUUGCCAAGGUUGGAAGCUUAACCUUUAUGUGCACGAUGAUGUCUAAUUUAAUGCCUUCUUUAGCAUAUAUGGGCAACAAAUCACUUAUUGCAAAUGUUAUAGGUCUAUCCAUUUUUAUUAUCACGCUGAUUGUGAAUAUUUGCAUCCAGCUUAGUACUCAUGUUAUUAAUUCUAAUGAUUUUCACCCUUUUCAUAAGCCAUCCUACAUGGUGGUGGCAACAUACAUCUAUAUCAGCAUGUUACUCUUCUUACUAAUGAUUUUGAUCUCUUUUGCUAUUACAAUUCCAACAUCAAAAGAGAUCUUAGAAUUAAAGUAUCAAGCUAUGAGCAAAACAACUAUGAACAAUCAACAUCAACAAGAAAACCUAAUAUCUCUUUCUGAGAAGCUAACACGACUUGUGAAGCGACGUUGGAUCAUGGUAGAAACUGGCAACCCUCAGUUUGUGAUGGCCAGUAAUCCUUUAUCCUCUGCAUCCGGCGUAAUUUGUGCGAUUAGCAUGGUCAUUUACAUAUAUAUGGUGCGGCAACUUAUGUUGUAUGGUGAUUUUUUAGCAUACUCCGUGUAUAAAAAGUCAACGACUUUCAUUGUCGUUACACAGUCCAUUGGAAUUGUAGUGGGUUCCAUUGCCCCAAUAUUAAGAUGCUUCACAGUCCUUAGCUUCAAAUCGUUUGCAAAUCAAAAUUGGAAACAUUUUAUGGGGUUUGAAGAAGAGAAGUAUUGGACUCAAAAGUUGUGUGAGUGGAAAGAAAGACGUAUAAGCGUUUUGUCAAGUGGUUGUAGAUCAAGUGUUCUUCUCCAUAACUUAAAAAAUCACAUUCUAAGCUUUUGCAUUGGAUUUCAGAAGUCAAUGAGGGUAAAGUUGAUUACUAGAUCCACUGCCUCAAGUAAUGAAGAAACAAAUGAAGACCUGAGCAGUUUUGUUAUGUUACUCGAUGAUAAUAUGCGGCUUACUCAAAAAACAAUGAAAGAAAUUUUAGAUUCUAUGAACCGCUUGAUUCAGUGUGCUGCGAAGAAACAACAUAAGAAUCUUCUUAUGCUUCUUGAAACAUAUGUUACAUUCGAAGGAGUAGAGACAUUUGACACUGAUCAAGUUCCGUCACUACUUUGUGUUGAACUUGUAAAUGGUUGGAGCUUACCGAUAAUAAUCUUAACAUGCAUCGUUGUUGCUAUCCCAGGUAUUUCAAAGGACAAAGGCAACCAUGAAUUGUGGCAUGAAGUCGAAGACAAGUGCAAGUGGCUGGAAACCACAUUGGAAAGUAGUGCGUAUGAAGGGAAAACACCAACGGAUAUUAUUAAAUCGUUUGCCUAUAAAGCAGAAGAAAUUGUGAAUGAAUUUAACACAAGUAAUCACAGAAAAUUUGUGGAGAAGGAGAACCUUCCUCCAAAAGUAAUCAUUGCUAACUCAAUGUAUCGAAUCUCACAAACGAUCAUUCACACGUACGAAAGCAACAACUUAGAGAUUACUGAAAAUGAGUUGUUUACACGAUUAUCAGGCAUGAUUGCAGACAUAUUAGUUGCUUGCCUCAUCAACAUACCACGAGUCAUAACAAUGAGAUGCCAUGAAAGUACGAUAGAAAAGCGAGAGGCUAGUGUUUUGGCUGCAAUCGACCUUCUUGGACAUACCACAAAGAUAAUAAAAAGACUUGAAACGCGUGAACUACCGAACAUGGAUCCUGAUAAGAUGGGAUUUAUCGAUGAUUGGCGUCUUCAUUUGAAGCAACCUUAG